UGGGGAGAGGAGAGGGAGAGAGCCAGCGAGGCCGGCCUCGAAUGAGUUGCUGGCAGCCGGAAGCCCCGCGAGGAGAGCAGACCAGCUAGGAAAGCAAGGGAACUAAAGGGAGUAGGGGAGACCGAGACUGACCGGUAGCCAGGCAGGCAGGCAGACGGACCCACGCCCGGAUAAACAGACCGAACAGGCGCCGGAGAACCUCGCACUGGUUCCUCCCGCCAUUCCCUUUGAAAGCCAGUAUUUUGCCUCUUCUGUGGCGCCCGAGAGAGAAUGCUGGACUCUGCGGACUUAAGCGCAAGCUAAGAUUUUUCAGCUAGGGAAGAAGAUCAGCUCAGUCUUGAGAAGGGGGGAAGCAAGCUUCCCUGUCUCCACCCCUCCCCCUUGCCCCCCUUACCAAACUCGGGCGCCAAACCCAGCCCUUCCCUAACCACCCGACUUCCUCCUCUCCUUUCUAGCAUGGUAGCUGUAUGGACAGUCUGACAGAACAGAGACUGACAUCUCCCAAUCUGCCGGCCCCCCACCUGGAACACUACAGUGUUCUGCAUUGCACCAUGACCCUGGAUGUGCAAACUGUAGUCGUUUUUGCCGUGAUUGUAGUUCUCCUGCUUGUCAAUGUCAUACUCAUGUUUUUCCUGGGAACGCGCUGAAUGGAGUC